AUGGUGCAGAAGCAAAGAUACUUCAGCCAGUCACCCACGAACAAAGACUCAUCGUUCACGUUCGUCCACAUGCACCGCUCCCGCGACGCAGACCUCUUCGAGGACUUCUGCAAGGACAAGCUCCCCGAUGACGAGAUCUACGUUCCACCUGUUCACCAGCCCAUCAACCCGGAAGACGAAGACGAUGUCGUGCCUGAUCAACAUGCUGCUUUUGGAAUUCAGCGCGCUACGCAAAAGUCAAAGGAGCCUGCUUGGAAGGACUUGGGGCUUUCGGAGCUCAUGAACAAGGGUCCUAGUAUUGGAACUGGUGGAAAGCCCAAGGGCUCUGGAAGUGCUCUGCCACGAUGA